AUUGCAAAUUGAAAACAACAAUGGCAUGCACUCUGAAGCUUCUGCAUGCUCAUGUGAGAAAGUGAUUUUUUUUUUAUCUACUAAAACACACAAAAUCUAAACUGUAUUCUACACUUUUUGUUAUUAGGGAAAUAUUGCGAGCUGCAAAAUAGACAAUACAUAUUCGAUACUAUUAGAGUAUGUUUUGCAAACUACUUUAAAGCCAUGUUUACCAGCAAGAACCCUCAAACAGCUGAUGUCUGAAUGGAGUUUGUUUUUCCAAAUUGGACACCAAGAUGACAGCCACUCUAAAGGUUCUGGAUGCUCCUGUAGGACUCCAGACUCGGUGGUUUUUGGCUUUCCUCCUCAUUAAGCUGAUCCAAACAGAGCUACAGAUGCAGGCAGAGAGAUGCUGAGUUAUGGCCAGCUCCCUCCACUCCUCCUGAGAGCCAGCUGACGCCCCGCUCGGUGCGCGCUCGGAUCCCCGCAGCCUGCUGCCAGCCUGCUGCUGCUGCUGCUGCUGUCGGGAUUAUCAGCGCUGCUGCUGCUGCUGCUGAUGAUGAUGCUGCAAGGAGGCGCAGCCCAGAGCCAACUGGGGAUUUGAGGAUGGAGAAGUGAGGAGAGCAGGGGGCUGCUGGAAGCGAGGAGAGCAGGGUGCGAUGAGGAUCCCAGUGUGCAGCAUUCAUUGUGAAACCGGUCCACCUGCUGUUCAGCGGAGCGUGAAGUCGCUCCUGAUAAAUAUUUGAUCGAAGCGCGUCUCUCUCUCUCUGGAUCAGGUGCAUUUCUUUAACUUAACCUGGGUGGUGAUUUCUGCGCGUUUCUCACAGAGCAGCAGCGCACAGGUGGGAGUUUGGAUUUAAAUGGCAAAGUUUGGAUUUUCUCUCUUUUUUUUUUCCGGGAUUGUUUGAAACGGGGUGCCAGUUUGAGCGUCGUUGAACUCUGGCUGGAUGUUAUCAGUGAUAUCCCGGUGGUCGAUGAGUGUGUGUCUGUGUGUGUGUAUGACACUCACAUCGUGGAUACGCGCUGUGCUGACAGAUAGCUCUGCUUGAAUCUUGUCCACAUAAAAAAAAAAAUUACCCUGUGAUCCCUUUGUCGAGGAAAGUUUGAGGCUGGGGACGCGCUGGAGGAUGGAGGCAGCGCACCUUUACGGACGCAGAUCUCUGUGACGAUUUGAAUCAAAUGCAUCAUCGGUGGAUGGAUUUGUGAAGUUGAGCGUGUUUCGGGGGUUUCUAACUGGAGGAGAAUGUGUUUUCAAACUGUGGAGUCUCGCUCAGGCUGGACGGGGGAGCAGCGGACAUCCCGAUUCCUCCCUGGGACCACAGGUGUUCCUCUUACACAGUGACUCCAAAUCCCAACAUGUCGAGCUGUGGAUAGAGCGGCUGCCCCGUGGGUCGAUCUGACCUGUUUCUACCUCCCUGCACCUCCUCUCCUCGUCAUUUCCUAGCUCCUCUUCCUCCCCCCUUCCCCCCUUUUCUCCCCUCUUUGACUCUUUAUCCACCCUUUCUCUCCUCGUUGCCAUAUCCUCUUUAUCCUCACUUUUCUUUCUUCCCUGCAUCAAUUCUGCAUCUCCCCCACUCCUUAUAUCCUUCUCCUUUUCUUUUUUUUUUUUACCUCCCCCCUUUCCCGUCUCCCUCGUUCUCCCCCCCCCCCCCUCAACCCACCACGUCCUCCUCUUCCUCCCCCCCGCAGCACACAUGCAGGCCAAGAAGCGGUACCUGCUCGUGUCUGUUGGGGCCGGUCUUGUCUUCCUCGUCUACCUGUGGGCUCUGCAAAUCGGGGAGUUCCAGCAGCAGCCGUACCAGUAUCACCAGUUUCCCCAGUACCCCCAAUACCACCAGCAGGAGUACCAGAGCCAGGACGUGUACCAGCCCCAGCCCCUCCCCCAGAGGAGCCCGUCCAGACCUCCCAGGCACUGGCCAGAGUCCACCCAGCUGCUGGAGCCGUACCUGGAGGGAGGAGAGCAAGAGGAGGACAGCCCUCAGCUCCACCACCAGCACACCUCGCCUCGUGAGCGACGUGCGAUCCGCGACAACAUCUACAAGAACAAACGCUGCCGCAUGGAAACCUGCUUCGACUUCUCUCGCUGUCAGUCGGGCUUCAGGGUUUACAUCUACCCUCCGCAGAGAGGGGACGAGAUCUCAGAGACCUACCAGAAGAUCCUGACCUCCAUCGAGGGGUCCCGCUUCCACACCACGGACCCCUCGCGGGCCUGCCUGUUCGUGCUGGCUGUGGACACGUUGGACAGGGACCAGCUCUCGGCUCAGUUCGUGCAGAAUGUCAGGCUCCGCAUCCAGAACCUGCCGACGUGGAACGACGGCCGGAACCACCUCAUCUUCAACCUCUACUCGGGCACGUGGCCGGACUACACCGAGGAUCUGGGCUUCGAGGUGGGCCAGGCCAUGCUAGCCAAGGCGAGCGCGGAUUCGGUCAACUUCAGGCCAAACUUUGACGUCUCCAUCCCGCUGUUCUCCAAGGAUCACCCUCUGAAACGAGGAGGCGCGGGUUACCUGACGCUCAACAACACACCGCCGUCCAGGAAGUACCUGCUAGUUUUCAAAGGGAAGCGAUACCUAACGGGCAUCGGUUCUGAGACGAGGAACGCUCUGUAUCACAUCCACAACGGGGAAGAUAUUAUCCUGCUGACCACGUGUAAACACGGCAAGGAUUGGGAGAAACACAAGGACUCUCGCUGUGACCAGGAUAACAAAGAAUACUCAAAGUUCGACUACCAGGAGCUGCUCCACAACUCCAGUUUCUGCUUGGUGCCCCGCGGCAGACGACUGGGAUCCUUUCGCUUCCUGGAGGCCCUGCAGGCGGCGUGUAUCCCGGUUAUCCUGAGUAACGGCUGGGAGCUUCCUUUCUCUGAAGUCAUCGACUGGAGGAAAGCCGCCAUCAUUGGAGAUGAGAGACUGCUGCUGCAGGUUCCCUCCAUUACCAGGUCUGUGGGCCAUGACAGGAUCCUGGCUCUCCGACAGCAGACUCAGUUCCUGUGGGACGCCUACUUUUCUUCUGUAGCCAAAAUCGUCUUAACUACUCUGGAGAUCAUCCAGGACCGCGUGGACUCUCUGGUGUCCAGAAAUCGUCUAUUGUGGAAUUCUCUACCUGGUGGUCUCUAUGCACUCCCCCAGUACUCAGCCGACCCCGCCCAGUUCCCUUUUUACUAUGCCAUACUGGGUAAGAGCCCCCCGCAGCAGUUCACAGCUGUGAUCCACACGGUGACUCCUCUGCAGUCUCAGAUCUCCCCCGUGGUGAAGCUCAUCAUCGCUGUAGCCAAGUCCAAGUUCUGUGCACAGAUCGUGGUUUUAUGGAACUGCGACAAGCCUUUACCUCCCCGGAACAAGUGGCCCUCCACCAGCGUGCCUCUCUCUGUCAUCGAAGGACAGACCAAGACCAUGAGCAGUCGUUUCUUCCCCCACGACGUCAUCCUCACCGACGCUGUUCUCAGCCUGGAUGAAGACUCGGUUCUCUCGACAAAUGAGGUGGAUUUUGCCUUUCUCGUUUGGCAAAGCUUUCCAGAGCGUAUCGUUGGUUAUCCUGCGAGGAGCCACUACUGGGACGGCUCCAGAUCCCGCUGGGGCUACACCUCCAAAUGGACCAAUGACUACUCCAUGGUCCUCACAGGAGCAGCUUUCUACCACAGAUAUUAUCACUACCUGUACACACACUACAUCCCAUCCAGCCUGCUGACCACAGUGGACCGCAUCUCCAAUUGUGAAGACAUCCUGAUGAACUUCCUGGUUUCAGCCGUCACCAAGCAGCCGCCAAUCAAAGUCACGCAGAAGAAGCAGUACAAGGAAACCAUGAUGAGCCAGGGAUCCAAGUCGUCUCGGUGGGCCGACCCUGACCACUUUGCCCAGCGACAGACCUGCAUGAACGCCUUCAGCCACUGGCUGGGUUUCAUGCCUCUGGUGCACUCCCAGAUGAGGCUGGACCCUGUGCUGUUCAGGGACCAGGUUUCCAUCCUGAGGAAGAAAUACAGGGACAUCGAGAGGCUGUGAAUGCACAAGGAAACACACCGAAUCACCGGCAGAGAGUAUGAGUUUGUGUUUCCUUCCUCGGAAAGGCCGUGACAAGAAUACACACGGGUGAAUGUGAACAUUUGUGAGGCUAUAAAGGAAAAGAAACACAUGCACCGGGCAUAAAAGUGAUGAAACACUGAUGACUUUUAACUGCAGAUUACUGCAACAAGAAAAAAAAGAUCCUGUAUGUAACUGCAGAAUGACAGAACAGGAAGUGACGGUGCAUCAGACAAUACAAAUAAAUCAAAGCAUGGACAAAUGUGCUAAAAGAGCUGGACACAUUAAGACAUUCUUGACAACAACAAACUGCGUGUUUGCAUGGUUUGAACUCUGCAAGGACCUGCACAAGAAUAAAAAAAAUCCCAGAUCUAUCUAUAUUGAUGAAGUUGAGGGUCGGACAUAGAGAAGUAUACAGUAUACGUUUAAAGGCUGCAGAGAUUUAUGGAUUACAGGCUGUAUUUACGUGUCAAACGACGCACUCCUUGAGGUGAUGGAUGUACAAUUUAGACACAUUGUGGACAAACUUUAGAUUCUGGGUCAGUGCCACAUAAACGCUGCUACCACAAAAAGACCUGAAGACGAUGGCGACACGCCUCUUGUACACUACUGUAGAUUUUCAGCAGCAGUUCCUGUCUGUAUGAAGAAAAUGAUGAAAAAAUAAAUAAAGAGAUGUUAUGUUACGAGACAAG